CUUACUCGGACUCAGGCAGCUGCCGCCAUGUUGGUUUGAGAGGCGAUGACAGGAGGCGUCCGCGGCGUGUGGGACUGAUAAGUGGAGGAGGAGGAGGAGAGACAAAGCUUAGAGAGGGAACCAUUCUUGGGCUGUGGAGAGGGAGGACCCGGCCGCUUCCGGGACCAGUUGAAGUCAGCUACGCCGGAGCUCGCGAGGCCGGGGAGGGGAGGGAAGGCGGAGACGGGGGCAGGCAGCGGCGGGGGAGGCGGAGGCAGCAGAGGAAAGCGGAGGAGCUCGAGAAGAUGCACCCGGACCUGUGCUGCAGUCCUGAGGCGCCCUCGGCCUGAGCCCCGAGGGGCUGUGGGGUGUCCCGUCCGGCCUCGCCGCCCCGGGCCUUCGCUUUGGCUCUCAAAGAGUUAAAUGCCCUUGAGCGCGGGUUUCUGCGGCCCGGCUCUCUGCUCCGGCGGCGCGAGUUGAGCCGCGCGGCUCCUGGGCUGGGUGCGCUGCAGGCGUCCGGCCACAGCUCUGCCGCCACUCAGGGCUCACGCGUCGAUGUGUAGCCACAUAGUUAUCUAUGCACAUCCACGCCGGGGCAUUUUUCUCCUGCUUAAUGAGGACUUGACUCGGGAGCGAGUGUGAAUCACUGCCGGGGCUGGGAAAGGAGGAAGGCGGAUUUAACCCCCUCCCACCCCGCUCCAUGUCUGUGUGUCACUCGGCUCGGUCCACCUGGCGCGGCUGGCCCUGGGGCUGCCUCUGACUGCUGCUACUGACGAAGACGACGACGGGGUCCGCCGCUGCUGUCCUGAGAGUUUCCUCUUGCACCGGCCACACAGCUUCUGGGGAUUGUUCCUCUUCGCACCAGAAGAACCUCGGCCAGGCCGGCACUUUGGCUCCGAAAUAACUUAGUAUUAUUAUUUUGGAAAGCACAUCACGAACCAGUCAGAAUUGCGAAGGUUCAUUUUUGUACCUUGAAGACUUCUGCUCUUUUUUGUUUGUUUUCGGCGUAAACAUCUGGGUAUAUAUCCGAACGGCAAGAUGUCCAAUAAUGUCCCGGCGGAUAUGAUAAAUUUGCGCCUCAUCUUGGUGAGUGGGAAAACAAAAGAAUUCCUGUUUUCUCCUAAUGAUUCUGCUUCUGACAUCGCCAAGCAUGUAUAUGACAAUUGGCCAAUGGACUGGGAAGAAGAGCAGGUCAGCAGUCCAAAUAUUCUACGACUUAUUUAUCAAGGACGAUUUCUACAUGGAAAUGUCACAUUAGGAGCAUUAAAACUUCCUUUUGGCAAAACAACAGUAAUGCAUUUAGUAGCCCGGGAGACAUUGCCAGAGCCAAACUCUCAAGGUCAGAGGAAUCGUGAAAAAACUGGAGAGAGUAAUUGUUGUGUAAUCCUUUAAACACUGUCUGCCUGGUGUGGUGUGAUACAGUCUUUGUCUUUCAUGCUGCUGGGACAGAAGAAACCCAACAUAGCUUCAGAAACUUUUAGGAACAGUCUGCCUGCAAAUCCAUGGACUGAAUUAUUACAUGAACACUGUCAUCUUCUCUCAUGAAAGUAAAAAGAACCAAGAACAUUUUUCACCAUGAUUUUUUAUUUCUUGUAUUUUUGUUUAUGUUGAACAGUUUUGAAAUAUAUUGGCUUUUGAAUGCAGUCGAUCUCCAGGGGAAAAGUUAACAAGUCUUUCAUAGCAGAAAUAAUUUUGCUGCCACAAAAGUUUUCAUCACCAGAACUAACGAAUCAAGUAUUCCAAAUACAAUUUGCACUAAAAAAGAUCAUUAUUUUCCUCAUCAGCAGAAUUUAUAAUAGCUUAUAGUACCUAGAAAUACUUAUAUAUACAAUUCCACACUGGAAGACACCCAGCAAUUAUUGAAGUUAAUUACUGGGCUAACUUGAGAGGAAAAAUGGAAAAGAAACUAAAAUGUCGGUUGAAUUCUACCAAAGUCAGCCACAAUGGCUGUACUGGCACAGAAUAUUAAACCAAGUGUGACUAUUUUCACUGCAACAAAUGAAAAAACAAAAUGUGCCUGUUGUUUAAAGCACUCAGUAGAGGGCUGAUGAAACUAAUAUUUUUCCUUUAACCCGUGCACUCUCGAGUCCUGUCGUUGCUGAGUGCUUAUUCAGACAGCACAAGGGUGGGGUGAGAGUGCAUUUUCUAGCCUUAAUGUAGGAGGGUGCCAGGCGCACAGAGGCUUUCAUUCUCAUGCAGAAAUAAUAGAAAAUGUCAUUGACCAAUCAGUUUUAUGUAUAUGAAUACCAGAAAAUUGGACGUUUCCGUAAUUACUGCUCAUCUGUGACUGUGUCCAAUGUUAUGCUUAUUCAUUAGAGAGUUCAGAUGAACUCUUAAAAUUACAAAAAAAAAUAAAAAUCUCAGUACUAAUUUUGUUUCUUUAUAUAGUUUGCAUUUGGUAUUAGUGCUUGCAAUUGUAUGAAAAUCAAAAGCUGAUUUUUAUUUUUUAGGCAUACAAGGCAUACAUGAUUAAGGAUGCCACUCUUAUUUUAUACCAAUAAUUUAAAGAUUGAUAUGCUAAAAACAAUUUGCACAGCACUAAAGCAUGAACUAGUUUCAUCUAAACCUGUAAAAAAUAUGAAAGAUUUUAUAUUUUUUUCACUAGGAAGAAAUCUUCCUGGAUGAAAUUACAAAUAUGUGUAGAAUAUAUUUAAUAAAAAUCUUAUAAAAUACCUAACUAUAGAACUUACAUAUAGAUUGGCAUAUAGUAUGUAGAACAAUAUUCCUUAUAAAUAAGUUUAGCCUUUUUAAAAAUGAAGUUGCAGGCUGACAUUAUGUUCUAUAUUUAAUAAGUGUUCAUGACCCUUAGAAGCAUUAAGUGUAAAAGGUUUCAAAUGGUCAGCUUUCUUUAAAUGCAAUCAGGUUAUUUUAUUCAUUGUUAAUGCUUUGAUGAAAAGGCUUUAUAUGCAGUAGAUCUACAAAAAUAUUGUUCAUACUGAUCAGAAUUAAAUUUGUAUAGAGCAGAGUUUUAAAAUAAAUGUACAUAGCACUAAACAAUUUCUUUCUGCAACCUGUACUUAUAGAUUCUUUCUGUAAACUAAAUAAAAAAGAUAUUGUAGUGCAUUUUGGUGAUGACUUUAAAGGUCUUGAUUAGGUCAGUAAUUGUUUAAGUAUUGCCUCAUCCAUGUUAAAAAUGUUUUCUACUUUUAUUUCUGAAUCUUUUAAAGUUAAUAUUCUCUUCUUGGUUUGGGAGUAUUCCCAAUGUAUCUUUGAUAUUUAACCUGGUUAAUUUGUCCUUAGUCACAACAGUGAAUAGAAUUAUGUAGUCUCUGUUAUUGCUACAAUGUUAUUUCAAGAGAUGUUAAAUAUUUAUAUGCUUUGUUGACUAGCUCAAAUGUGAACUCUGUUAGUGUUGACUAAAGAAGAAAUCUGAUAAUUACUUAAUCGAGCCAUUAGCCUUUAUGGCUAUAUUCUUCUUUUGUUAUACAAACCACUAGUAAUUACUUUUAGUACCUAUUUUGAUUCUAAUUACUCUUGAGUUUUUCCAAAGUUAAAAACUAUCAAUUAUGUUUGCAUUUUUAUGGUGGUUAAAAAUAUUCCCUAUUGGGGCCAGGGAUGUAGCUCAGUGGUUCUGUGUCUGCCUGGCAAGCACAAGGUCCUGAGUUUGAU